AUGCUAAUUUGUUCUCCUUCUCAGUUCUGCAAUGUUUUAUCUAAACUUGGUCUUUCUCUUUUUUCAUUCUUCCUGUUCUCUUUCUUUCUUUUUUUCUUUUUACUUUCUUUCUUUCUUUCUUUCUGUUUACUUUCUUUCUUUCUGUUUACUUUCUUUCUUUCUUUCUUUCUUUCUUUCUUUCCUUCUUUCUUUCUUUCUUUUUACUUUCUUUCUUUCUUUCUCUUUAAUUUCUUUCUUUCUCUUUACUUUCUUUCUUUCUUUCUUUCCUUCUUUCUUUCUUUCUUUUUACUUUCUUUUUUUCUUUCUUUCUCUUUAAUUUCUUUCUGUUUAUUUCUAUCUUUUGUUUUUUCUUUCUGUUUACUUUCUUUCUUUCUUUCUUUCAUUGUUUACUUUCUUUCUUUUGUUCUGUUUACUUUUUUCUUUCUUUCUUUUUUUCUUUCUUUCUUUUUUUCUUUCUUUCCGUUUACUUUCUUUCUUUAUCUGCAGUUCUGUUUUAACAGUAGUAAACAUCCUGCUUUCAUUUAUUUCUUUUAUUCUUUUUCUUUAUUCUCUUCUUGUUUCCUUCUAUUUCCACUUCCUUCUUCUUGUUUGCUUAUCUCUUUUCUUUUUUUCUUUUUCUUUCCUUGCUUAUCUUUCUUUUUUUUUUUUUUUCUGUCUUUCUUUCUCUUUCCAUCCACCUUUCUAUCAUUCUUUUCUUUCUUUUUCCUUCCUCCUUUCUAUCUUUCUUUCUCUUUCUUUCCUCCAUUCUAUCUUUCUUUCUCUUUCCAUCCACCUUUCUAUCUUUCUUUCUUUUUCCUUCCUCGUUUCUGUCUUUCUUUUUCUUUCCUUCCUCCAUUCUAUCUUUUCUUUCUUUUUUCCUCCAUCCUAUCUUUCUUUCUUUUCCUUCCUUUUUCUGUCUUCCUUUCUUUUCCAUCCACCUGUUAUCUUUUUUCUUUUUUUCCUCCUUUCUCUUUCUUUCUUUUCUUUCCUUUUUUCUUUUCCUUUCCAUCCAUUCUAUCUUUCUUUCUUUUUCUUCCCUUUCCUUUCCUUUCCUUCCUCCUUUCUCUUUCUUUUCUUCCAUCCACCUGUCUAUCUUUCUUUCUUUUUCCUUCCUCGUUUCUGUCUUUUCUUUUCCUUCCUUCCUUUUCUAUCUUUCUUUUUUUCCUUCCUUUCCUCCUUUUCUAUCCUUCCUCCUUUCUUCUUUCUUUUUUUCCAUCCACCUGUCUAUCUUUCUUUUUUUUUCCUUUUUAUAUUUCUUUCUUUUUUCCCUUCCUCCUUUCUAUUUUUUUUUUCCAUCCAUCUUUCUCUUUCUUUCUUUUUUCUCCUCCUUUCUAUCUUUCUUUCUUUUUUUUUCCUCCUUUCUAUCUUUCUUUCUUUUCCCUUUUUUCCUUUUCUUUCUCUCGUUUCCUCCUUUCUUCUUUUUUCUUUUCCAUCCCUUUCCUUUCUUUCUUUCAUUUCUUUUUCUUUUUUCUUUCCUUCCUCCAUUCUAUCUUUCUUUCUUUUUCCUUCCUCCAUUUCUAUCUUUCUUUCUCUUUCCUUCCUCCUUUCUGUCUUUCUUUCUCUUUCCAUCCACCUGUCUAUCUUUCUUUCUUUUUUCCUUCCUUUUCUAUCUUUCCUUUCUUUCUUUUUCUAUCUUUCUUUUCUCUUUCCAUCCUGUCCUCUUUUCUUUCUUUUUCCUUCCUUUUCUUUUUCUUUUUCUUCCUUCUUUUUCUAUCUUUCUUUCCUUCCUCCAUUCUAUCUUUCUUUCUCUUUCUUUCCUUUCUGUCUUUUCUUUCUUUUCCAUCCACCUGUCUAUCUUUCUUUCUUUUUCCUUCCUCCUUUCUAUCUUUCUUUCUCUUUCUUUCCUCCUUUCUAUCUUUCUUUCUCUUUCCAUCCACCUGUCUAUCUUUCUUUCUUUUUCCUUCCUCGUUUCUGUCUUUCUUUUUCUUUCCUUCCUCCUUUCUAUCUUUCUUUCUCUUUCCAUCCACCUGUCUAUCUUUCUUUCUUUUUCCUUCCUCGUUUCUGUCUUUCUUUUUCUUUCCUUCCUCCAUUCUAUCUUUCUUUUUUUUUCCUUCCUCCAUUCUAUCUUUCUUUCUCUUUCCUUCCUCCUUUCUGUCUUUCUUUCUCUUUCCAUCCACCUGUCUAUCUUUCUUUCUUUUUCCUUCCUCCUUUCUAUAUUUCUUUCUCUUUCCUUCCUCCUUUCUAUAUUUCUUUCUCUUUCCAUCCAUCUUUCUAUCUUUCUUUCUUUUUCCUUCCUCCUUUCUAUCUUUCUUUCUUUUUACUUCCUCCUUUCUAUCUUUCUUUCUUUUCCCUUCCUCCUUUCUAUCUUUCUUUCUCUUUCUUUCCUCCUUUCUAUCUUUCUUUCUCUUUCCAUCCACCUUUCUAUCUUUCUUUCUUUUUCCUUCCUCAUUUCUGUCUUUCUUUUUCUUUCCUUCCUCCAUUCUAUCUUUCUUUCUUUUUCCUUCCUCCAUUCUAUCUUUCUUUCUCUUUCCUUCCUCCUUUCUUUUUCUUUUUUUUCCAUCCACCUGUCUAUCUUUCUUUCUUUUUUCCUUCCUCCUUUCUAUCUUUCUUUCUUUUUUUCCUCCUUUUCUAUCUUUUUUCCUUCUUUUCCAUCCACCUGUCUAUCUUUCUUUUCUUUUUUCCUUCCUUUUCUUUCUUUCUUUUUUUUCCCUUCCUCCUUUUCUAUCUUUCUUUCUUUUUCUUCCUCCAUUCUAUCUUUCUUUCUCUUUCCUUCCUCCUUUCUGUCUUUCUUUCUCUUUCCAUCCACCUGUCUAUCUUUCUUUCUUUUUCCUUCCUCCUUUCUAUAUUUCUUUUUCUUUCCUUCCUCCUUUCUAUAUUUCUUUUUCUUUCCUUCCUCCUUUCUAUCUUUCUUUCUUUUUACUUCCUCCUUUCUAUCUUUCUUUCUCUUUCCUUCCUCCUUUCUAUCUUUCUUUCUCUUUCCAUCCAUCUUUCUAUCUUUCUUUCUUUUUCCUUCCUCCUUUCUAUCUUUCUUUCUCUUUCCUUCCUCCUUCCUAUCAUUAUUUCUCUUUCCUUCCUCCUUUCUUUCUCUUUCCAUUCACCUUUCUGUCUUUCUCUUUCCUUCUUCCUUUCUAUCUCUCUUUCUCUUUCCUUCCUCCUUUCUGUCUUUCUUUCUCUUUCCUUCCUCCUUUCUAUCUUUCUUUCUCUUACUUUCCUCCUUUCUGUCUUUCUUUCUCUUUACUUCCUCUUUUCUAUCUUUCUUUCUCUUUCUUUCUUUCUGUCUUUCUUUCUCUUUCCUUCCUCCUUCCUAUCAUUAUUUCUCAUUCUUUCCUCCUUUCUGUCUUUCUUACUCUUUCCAUCUUCUUUUCUAUCAUUCUUUCCUUUUUAACAACUUUGCCUUAUUUUCUUUCUCUUUAUUUUUUUGCUAACAACAUUUCUCUCUUUCUCUCUAAACAAUUUUACCUCUUUUUCUUUUUAUUAACCAAAAUUUUUCCUCUCUUUCUGCUUUCGUUUUUCUUUCUUUGUUUCUUUCUUAAACCUUUGCUGCUUUUUCCAUUUUCUUUACCUUUUUCUUCUCCCUCAGUUUAUUUCCUUCUUAUUCAUUUAUCUCUUUUUUCCUCUUACACAUUUUCCUUCUUUCUCCUCCCUCUUUUCUUCUUAAUUCCUUUUACACUUUCUUCUUCUUUUGCAUUAAUUUUUAUAUUUAUUAAUUAUUUCUACCAUUCUUUAAUUGUCUUCAUUAUCCAAUUCGUUUUCAAUUUUUUUUUCAUCUUAAUUUUUCUCUUCUCUUUUCUUUCUUUCUUUCUUUCUUUCUUUCUUUCUUUCUUAACAAUGUUGACUUAUUUUCUUUGUCUUUCCCUUUUCUCAACAACCUUGCUUUUGUUCUUCCAGGUUUUUCUCCUCCAUUCUUAUCUCAUUUCUCUCUUUCUCUUGUUUAAUUCUUCUUUUCCUUUCCUUUUCUUGUUUUUUUUUUCUUUUCAUUCACACCUGUUUCCAUUAUUUCUCUUUCAUUAUCCUUUACUUAUUUCAUAA